AGCUGUCACCAACGCUGCUGCCGUCAUGAGGGGUAAACUGGAGAUCCUAGCCUUGGUGCUGGGCACCAUUGGCCUUGUAGGGACCAUAGCAGUGACCGCGAUGCCCAUGUGGAAGGUCACGGCUUUCAUUGGCCCCAACAUCAUCAUCAUGGAGGUGCAGUGGGAGGGGCUGUGGAUGGCCUGCAUACGGCAGGCAGACAUUAGCAUGCAGUGUAAGGUCUAUGACUCCUUGCUCAUCUUACCAGCGGACAUCCAGGCGGCCCGUGGACUCAUGUGUGCAGCCAUAACGCUGGCCGUUCUUGCCGUUCUGGUAUCCGUCUUCGGAAUGAGGGGGACAAACCGUUUUCAAGAAGAUUUCAGGGCCAAAAAAGUGAUUCUGGUGGUUGGUGGUUGCCUGUUUGUUCUCGCUUCCCUAGCCACUCUACUUCCUGUGUCCUGGACCACUAAUACCAUCGUCAGAGAUUUCUACAAUCCCAUGGUGGUGGAAUCGCUGAAGCGGGAGAUCGGACAGGCCCUUUAUGUCGGCUUUGCCACAUUCAUCUUUCUCAUCAUUGCGGGGGUAAUCCUGCUCUGCCGUUUCUCCCAACAAAGCAGAAAGGAAGAGGAGGAGGAGGUGUAUGCAGCAGUGGAUGAGGACAAACAGAGAAUGUCCAUGUUGAGUCGAACAUCUUCUAAUUCUUACCGGAAGAAUCAGUACGUCUGACAAUAAAAUAAAUGGUAGUUGAUUAUAGUUCAAUUCCAAUUCCUUUCUGACUCUGGCUAUUUUCAGUACAUUCAGUUUGUCCAACGUGCCUGACUAUAUUAUAAUAUGGGAUCUGAGGCACAAGCCUCAUGGAUUAUCAAACAUUUUGAGUGCAUUUACUAAAUCAUCUUAUUCGAGAAAACAGACAACGGAAGAAAUAUUGACAUGAGAUUUGACAUGACAUGAGACUUGAAAUCAUCUGAUUAUUCUUUGCUUUUGAUGUCAAAAUGUAAACACUUAAACUGAUCACGACUUUACCCUGAUAAAGGAACACCAUUGAAUUAUCUUACAUGUUGAGAUAAUUUACAUGCAUGCCAAUACACUGAAAAUAAGUUUAUUGAAAAAAUCUGACAACGCAAGAAACCUGUGUUUACAUGACAUAGCAAAACAUAAACAGGCACACAUUGGAUAAGUUGGUAAGAACACUGGUAAAAAUCUACCUCUGUCGAUUGGUUUAUGUGUAACGUUUAUGACCUUACCCUGAUUAAGGAAAACCAUUUAAGCCAGUAAAAUGGCCUAAUACAAUGGUGGCUUAUUAAGCAUAAUCGGUGUAAGAAUGUGCAUGUAAAUGUGCUUGAUUAAAUGGAGUGUUGUCCAAGUCGGAAACCAUAACAUACCUAUAACAACUUAGCAACAAUGUGGAAACUGUGGUUACUAUGGUAAAUAUUUGUUAAGAUACAUGAAACUAACCUUAUGCUUACACAAAAAAUUUACUUUCUAAAACAGUAUUUCUAAAAAAUAAAAAAGAUUCUGCUAUUUUUGCUUUUAUGUUCAAUUACUUUGUAAUGUACACUACCGGUCAAAAGUUUUGAAACACUUGACUGAAAUGUUUCUCAUGAUCUUAAAAAUCUUUUGAUCUGAAGGCGUAUGCUUAAAUGUUUGAAAUUAGUUUUGUAGACAAAAAUAUAAUUGUUCCACCAUAUUAAUUUAUUUCAUUAUAAAUCUAAAAUUUAAUUAAAAAAUAAAAGUUUUUGAAGUUCUUGGACCGAAUAAUUAAGAAAAGCAGCCAAUAAGUGCCCAACAUAGAUGGGAACUCCUUCAAUACUGUUUAAAAAGCAUCCCAGGGUGAUACCUCAAGAAGUUGAUUGAGAAAAUGUCAAGAGUACAUGUCUGCAAAUUCUAGGCAAAGGGUGACUACUUUGAAGAUGCUAAAAUAUAACACAGUUUUGAUUUAUUUUGGAUCUUGUUUAGUCACAACAUAAUUCCCAUAGUUCCAUUUAUGUUAUUCCAUAGUUUUGAUGACUUUACUAUUAUUCUAAAAAAAAAUAAAAAUAAAUAAAUUAUAAUAAAG